CAAGCGGGGCUCGGAGGCUGCCGGAGACGCGGGCGCCGGGGAGCGCGCUGCGGGCCGCUGCCGGAGCGCGGGGACGGCCGCGCCUGGCCGCUUGCAGACGCCGCCGAGAGGUACCCAGGGAUGACAGCUCCCGGAGCGGAAAGCCUCAUAAAGAAGAUCCCAGUCAUUUCUCAACAAUCAUAUAGCCAACCGAUGUAACAAUGGUACUAAUAUUGGGACGAAGACUAAACAGAGAGGAUCUUGGGGUGCGUGAUUCCCCAGCAACGAAGCGAAAAGUGUUUGAAAUGGACCCGAAAUCUCUGACAGGUCAUGAGUUUUUUGACUUCUCCUCAGGAUCAUCCCAUGCCGAAAAUAUCCUCCAGAUCUUUAAUGAAUUCCGAGAUAGCCGCCUCUUCACAGAUGUUAUCAUUUGUGUGGAAGGGAAAGAAUUCCCGUGCCACCGCGCCGUUCUCUCGGCCUGUAGCAGCUACUUCAGGGCAAUGUUCUGCAACGACCACCGGGAAAGCCGGGAGAUGUUGGUGGAGAUCAACGGCAUUUUGGCCGAAGCCAUGGAGUGUUUCUUACAGUACGUCUACACGGGCAAGGUGAAGAUCACGACGGAAAAUGUCCAGUAUCUCUUCGAGACGUCGAGCCUCUUUCAGAUCAGCGUUCUCCGCGACGCCUGUGCCAAGUUUUUGGAGGAGCAGCUUGACCCGUGCAAUUGCUUAGGAAUCCAGCGCUUUGCGGAUACCCAUUCGCUCAAAACCCUCUUCACCAAGUGCAAGACGUUCGCCUUGCAGACUUUCGAGGACGUGUCCCAGCAUGAGGAGUUCCUGGAGCUCGACAAGGACGAGCUCAUCGAUUACAUCUGCAGCGACGAACUGGUGAUUGGCAAAGAGGAGAUGGUCUUCGAGGCCGUCAUGCGCUGGGUCUACCGCUCCGUGGACCUGAGGCGGCCCCUGUUGCACGAGCUGCUGACGCACGUCAGGCUCCCGCUGCUGCAUCCCAACUACUUUGUUCAGACCGUUGAGGUGGACCAACUGAUCCAGAAUUCUCCCGAGUGCUAUCAGCUGUUGCAUGAGGCACGGCGAUACCACAUCCUCGGGAAUGAAAUGAUGUCUCCACGGACGCGGCCUCGGAGGUCAACCGGCUAUUCUGAGGUGAUCGUUGUUGUUGGAGGCUGUGAACGAGUUGGGGGAUUUAAUCUCCCAUACACUGAGUGCUAUGAUCCCGUGACAGGAGAAUGGAAGUCUUUGGCGAAGCUUCCAGAAUUUACCAAGUCAGAGUACGCAGUCUGUGCACUCAGGAAUGACAUUCUUGUCUCAGGUGGAAGAAUCAAUGGCCGCGAUGUCUGGAUUUAUAACUCACAGUUAAAUAUUUGGAUCAGAGUUGCUUCCCUAAAUAAAGGCAGAUGGCGUCACAAAAUGGCUGUCCUCCUUGGUAAAGUGUAUGUUGUUGGAGGCUAUGAUGGGCAAAACAGACUCAGUAGUGUGGAGUGCUAUGACUCCUUUUCCAAUCGAUGGACAGAAGUCGCUCCCCUGAAGGAAGCCGUGAGUUCUCCUGCCGUGACGAGCUGUGUAAACAAAUUAUUUGUCAUUGGUGGAGGACCUGAUGAUAAUACUUGCUCUGAUAAGGUUCAAUCCUAUGAUCCAGAAACCAACUCUUGGCUCCUUCGUGCAGCCAUCCCCAUUGCCAAGAGGUGUAUAACAGCUGUCUCCUUAAACAACCUGAUCUAUGUUGCUGGUGGGCUGACCAAGGCAAUAUACUGUUAUGACCCAGUGGAAGAUUACUGGAUGCACGUACAGAACACAUUCAGCCGGCAGGAAAACUGCGGAAUGUCUGUGUGUAAUGGUAAAAUAUACAUCCUGGGUGGAAGACGGGAAAAUGGAGAAGCCACAGACACUAUUCUCUGUUAUGAUCCUGCCACGAGUAUCAUCACAGGGGUGGCCGCGAUGCCCCGGCCAGUGUCCUACCACGGCUGUGUGACUAUUCACAGAUACAAUGAGAAAUGCUUUAAGCUCUGAAGCCAAGGAUACCUCACCCAAGAAGCCACAGCAAUUCAAGAUACGAGAGGUUUGAGAAAAAACAAAAUUCAAAAACUCGAGUGGGAACUGACCUAUCUCCUCCUUUGUGCCAUUUUGAAAGAAAGGGGUAAAGAUAAUCAUUGUGGUGCCUUUCUCCCCCGAACACUGAUGUUUCAACCUGUAAUAACACAUUUCCCGUGACUGAAGGGGAAAAAAAAUCCUUUUGUUUGUUUGAAAGUAAUGGUGGUUGUGCUUGGCCUUUCAGAGCUUCCCUUUGCAAGUAUUUGUAAGAAACUUAUGUGGUAGGAAAUAGUGUCAACCUACAUAACUUUUAGGACUGUAUGAAUGAUUUCUUCAUUUAUGUAUGGUUAUCUUCAAGACUGUGUAUUCCUUAUUUUGUGAUAGAAAAAUUACAUGACAUAGGGCUUCAUUUAGUUUGAAUAUCGGAAUGCUUAUAACGAAUUCUAAAAGCAGUAGUUUUUAAAAUCAUUUCCCCAGAAAAAAAAAACAAACCCAUACUGAUUCGUUUUAUUGAAGAUUGUUUCUGUACUUGAUAAAAAUGUCAUGACAGUGUUUUCAGAUCAUAAAAUACUGAAUCAUCUAAGCUGUUAAAAUUUCUGUCUCAUGUUUUGAGAAAGAGGUUUAUUUUUAAAGAGAGGUUAAUCUUUAAAGAGAGAGAGAGAGAGAGUAGUAAGAGAAUAGUAAGAAAUACAAAAACACAAGUCCUUAAUAUGGACACUAAAAUUCUAGGCUGAUUCAAGUUGCCAAAAUCCAUUUUGUAACUUUAUCAUGUAAAAACCGGGACAGACUUUCUCCCUGGCACUGUAGGGCUUAACCCCCAUAGUCCAGUGGGUGAGGGUCUUCUCCCUGGUGAUCCCAUUCAGAAUGGCUAAAAGUCCUGGGAGUCUUUACUCCUGAAUUGCCUGUCUAGGAUAAAAUGGGGACCACCUACCUCAGUGGGUCCAUUUGGCUUAUAAAAUAUGCCGUCUUUAAAAGACUGACAGCUAGAAUUGAGGCAUCUAAGAUGAAUCACUCAUUUGUAUCCCUUAUGUAGAUAGCAUCCUUGCCCUCUGGAAAUUGCCUUGGUCUAGAUUUUUCAACUUCAAAUUUAAGGCUAACUAGUUUUUAGAGAGGAAUAUUAAGACUUUUAAGGCACCUGGGAUUGCAGGAGCUACUGUUUAGUUGUUAUUAUUCCUGAAUAGGCAGAAAUAAUUCACAGUAUUUUAAGGGUGUUUCAGGUAGCCUGUUGUAUAGCAGUGUCCCAGGCACUGUUGUCUAACAUUACAAUGACAGGCUCCUAUCAAUACAUAUAUAAUAGUAAUUGUAUAUGUAUAAUUGUAUAAGUGAGAAGUUACAAAUAUGAGGUUAUGGUGUCACAGAUUUCUCUUAAAAUUAAGGUAAUUUAAUGUCGAUAUAAAUUACCUGUGUAUUUUCUCAUCUUAGAAUGAUCCAGAUUUCAAAUGAAAUAUCAAGCAUCAACUUUAAUGCUUAUUAGCUCGAACACUUAGUUGAACUCUGAAUUCCAAAGAAAAGCCUAGACAUUUUAAAGCAAUUUUUAUUUUUCAGAUUAUAAUUUGAACAAUGUACCUUUUGUGAUCAUUGUCAACAAUUUAGGAAACAAUUUUUUUCUAAUUUUAGUUGAAGAUAGUUACUGUCAGAAUAGUAGUACUUUAGUAAUUACUUUUUUCUUCAAGUAAAUGUCAACUUUCUUAGACCUUUUUUUAGAUAAUAAAACCUAUUUAGUACAGAAAAAUCUCUGCAAUAAGGGAGAAAACCUUUGCAAUAAGUGAGUUUGAGAACAGUAUGAGUCUGAGCUGAGGUAAUAUUAUAUAAAUGAUAUGUGUUGUGUAGUAUAUUUCAAAGAUCAUCCAGAUACAUCACAAGACUUUCUCAAGAUAACUUGUAUUCUAGUACUUUUGUUUAUUGUAAAAGCAUUAACUCUUUACUUGUAUUUUAUUAUACAGUUAUUUUUAAUAUCCAUGUGUUUAUUGUAAUAAUUUGAAAUGAAAUCCUAUAAAAUAGAAUUUGUUUAAACAUAAGAGUCAUACCAAUAUUGUUUAAUUUUUUUCCCUACAUAAUUUAAAACUACAUCAAUUAAAUUGACUACCAAGAACUUAGCUUGAGUCCUAGGAAAUUAAAGUAACUAUUUUUGAAGCCAAAACUGAUACUUUAAUUUCCUCUAUCUUCUUUUAUUGGUUUUUAAUAAGUACUGAUAUUAACAUUGAUGGAGAAUUUUUAAAAGUCUGUCAAAAGUGAAAUAUCAGUGAAGUUUGUAUUUGAUGAUAUUCAGGUAGUCAUCCCAUAGUUGGAGAAUUUUCUGUGAUAAGUAAUACUCAUGUAAGCCUUUAGGUUAGUAUGUAUGUAUAUGUAUAUGUAGAUAUGUAGAUAUAGAUAGUAUGGUUAUGUAUGCAUAUAUACAAACUCCCCAAAUUUGAUCAGUUUGUGAUUAUCAGGAAAAGGCACAUGAAGUAAAACUUAGUUGCCAUUUUCAAAGUUCCAGAAGUCCUUUCACUUGUGCAUUUCUAAAAUGUGUUUUUAUAUUUGAGAGUACAUAAUGACUAUUAUUAGUAGGAUGAUUUGUAGACAGAAUCUAUAUCAUACAUUUGGUUUUACAAAAUUCGAAAGCAAAUUGGAGGUAGAGAUGAGUUUGCCAAACCCAGCUGUGAUACCUCAGUAGGACAGGGAAUUCAAGGGUAUGUCUUGUGGAUCAACAGAAAAAAUACAAUUUUACUUUUUAUGGACUUUAA